AUAAAAAGAAAGAAAUGGAAGUCAAGAGAGUAAGGGGGCCACGUAUCAUAAUCAUAUAGUUACAGUAGCAAGUUGUUUCCCUAUUUCUCUUUGUUUCUUUCAUAUACCCACCCACCAUCGGCAUUCGGCACCAAGAAAACCCACUGAAGCUGCUCAGCAAAACAAUCAUGAUGAAACACCCUCUGCAGCCAGCACUCUCAAAAAGCAUAAUCAUCUCUCUCUGUCAAAACCUUCCUUCCCUUAAAUUUACCUCUCUUAACUCCACACUUCUCUCAACCAGAUUUCUCACUUCCCCACAACCAUGAAACUUCCUUUUCUUUCCUUUCUAAUUACGUUCUCCUUCUUCUUCUACCUGUUCGAAACUUCUCUUCUAGUCUUCUCUGCUUCGACUCCCCCUCUCCCUCUCCCUCUCCACUCUCUUCUCUCCAUAAAGACCUCCCUCAAAGACCCUCUCAACACUUUCCAUGACUGGAACUUGUCCAAGGCUUCAAUCCAAGACCCAGUUUGGUGUUCAUGGUCUGGCGUCGAGUGCAACCCAACAACUUCUCAAAUCACAUCACUUGAUCUCUCCCGCCGCAAUCUUUCUGGUGUUAUUCCAGCUGAAAUUAGAUACUUAACCAGAUUAGUUCACCUCAAUUUGAGUGGAAAUGCAUUUGAUGGGCUUCUUUCACCUCUCAUAUUUGAACUAAGUGACCUCAGGAUUCUUGACAUCAGCCACAACAACUUCAAUUCAGAAUUCCCACCUGGGAUUUCCAAGCUCAAGUUUUUGAGAGUCUUCAAUGCCUACAGCAACAGCUUUACAGGUCCAUUGCCGAAAGAAUUUGCCAAGCUGCGCUUCUUGGAGGAGCUCAACCUUGGUGGAAGCUACUUCAAGGGAGAAAUUCCAAGGAGUUAUGGAAGCUUCCUGAAAUUGAAGUACCUGGACUUAGCUGGAAAUGAACUGGAAGGACCAUUGCCACCCGAUUUAGGAUUCUUGAUCCAGCUCGAGCACCUGGAGCUUGGUUACAAUGAACUCCUAUCAGGCAAUGUACCAGAAGAAUUUGCGUUGUUGACUAAUCUCCAGUACCUAGAUAUCUCACAGUGUAAUCUAUCAGGCAAUCUCCCACCACAACUCGGAAAUCUUACCAAACUCGAGAACUUACUCCUUUUCAAGAACCAGUUUACUGGUGAAAUUCCGGUGAGCUACACCAAUUUGAAAGCUCUGAAAGCACUUGACUUAUCCGAUAAUCAGCUUUCAGGAACAAUUCCAGAGGGAUUAUCUUCCUUGAAAGAGCUAACCAGGUUGAGUUUGCUGAAAAAUGAACUCACCGGCGAGAUACCACCGGGAAUUGGCGAGCUACCAUAUCUUGACACGUUAGCUCUCUGGAACAACAACCUGACGGGAAUCCUCCCGCAAAACCUUGGUUCCAAUGGGAAUCUACUGUGGGUCGACGUCUCAAAUAACUCGCUCUCAGGCCCAAUUCCUCCAAAUAUUUGCCAAGGAAACAAGCUUUACAAGCUCAUUCUGUUCUCCAACAAAUUUUUUGGUAAUUUACCAGAUUCUCUAGCAAACUGCACCUCUUUAUCCAGGUUCCGAAUCCAAGACAACCAACUCAACGGCUCUAUCCCUUACGGAUUCGGCAUCUUGUCUAAUCUUUCCUUCGUGGAUUUAAGCAAGAAUAACUUCACAGGUGAAAUUCCUGAUGAUCUUGGCAAUUCCCAAGAGCUUCAUUUCUUGAACAUUUCUGAAAACUACUUCAACACUGCUUUACCGAACAACAUUUGGAGCGCGCCGAAUCUUCAGAUUUUUUCCGCCAGCUCAUGCAAGCUCAAGAGCAAAAUACCAGAUUUCAUCGGAUGCAGCAAUCUGUACAAGAUAGAAUUGCAAGAGAAUUUGUUAGAUGGCAGCAUUCCAUUGGAUAUUGGUCAUUGUGAGAGGCUUCUUUCUCUUAAUUUAAGCAGCAAUUCUCUUACUGGUAUUAUUCCGUGGGAGAUUUCUACACUUCCUGUCAUCGCUGAUGUCGAUUUGUCCCGUAAUUUACUCACUGGUUCCAUUCCUUCAAAUUUUGCCAAUUGCUCGACUUUAGAGAGUUUUAAUGUGUCCUACAAUUCGUUAACGGGUCCAAUCCCUGCGUCCGGUACAAUUUUCCCAAAUUUGCAUCCCUCCUCCUUUUCGGGCAAUUUAGGCUUAUGCGGUGGGGUUCUGCCGAAGCCGUGCGCUGCGGACACAUUGGGGGCUGGAGAAAUGGAGGUCCGCCAUAAACAGCAGCCCAAAAGGACUGCUGGGGCUAUAGUUUGGAUUAUGGCAGCUGCUUUUGGUAUUGGCCUGUUUCUGCUUGUGGCUGGGACAAGGUGUUUCAAUGCGAAUUACAGCCGUAGAUACAGUGACGAUCGAGAGAUCGGACCGUGGAAAUUAACCGCCUUUCAACGGUUGAAUUUCACGGCUGAUGACGUGUUUGAGUGUUUAUCAAUGUCUGAUAAGAUUUUAGGGAUGGGGUCAACGGGGACGGUCUACAAGGCCGAGAUGCCAGGUGGCGAGAUCAUAGCAGUGAAAAAGUUGUGGGGUAAGCACAAGGAAAAUAUCAGACGGAGGAGAGGGGUGUUAGCUGAGGUGGAUGUUUUAGGUAAUGUGAGGCAUAGGAACAUAGUGAGAUUGUUGGGAUGCUGCAGCAACAGGGAGUGCACAAUGUUGCUGUACGAGUACAUGCCCAACGGGAAUUUAGAGGAUUUGUUGCAUGGGAAGAACAAGGGAGAGAAUUUGGUGGCUGAUUGGUUUACGAGGUACAAGAUUGCACUGGGUGUGGCACAGGGGAUUUGUUAUUUGCAUCAUGAUUGUGAUCCUGUGAUUGUGCACCGUGAUCUUAAGCCUAGCAAUAUAUUAUUGGACAGUGAGAUGGAGGCUAGAGUGGCAGAUUUUGGGGUGGCAAAGUUGAUCCAAAGUGACGAGUCCAUGUCUGUCAUUGCUGGGUCUUAUGGCUACAUUGCACCAGAGUAUGCAUACACACUACAAGUUGAUGAGAAGAGUGACAUUUAUAGUUACGGGGUGGUGUUAAUGGAGAUUAUAAGUGGUAAAAGGUCAGUCGAUGCUGAGUUUGGGGAUGGUAACAGCAUUGUUGAUUGGGUAAGGUCUACGAUAAAGACUAAGGAUGGUAUUAGUGACAUCUUGGACAAGAAUGCUGGGGCAUCCAUUGCAUCUGUGAGGGAAGAAAUGAUGCAAAUGCUUAGAAUUGCUUUGCUAUGCACCAGCCAGAAUCCGGCAGACCGACCAUCGAUGAGGGAUGUAGUGUUGAUGCUGCAAGCAGCCAAGCCCAAGAGGAAAUUGCCUGGAAGUAUAGUUAGUGUUGGUGGUGGUGACCACAUAGUUACUGCUGAUGGGGCUAUUGCUCAAAAGCAUGCAGUUGAAUGUUAAUAUGAUUAAUUUUACCGGUUUUAUCUUCCUUUUCUUUUUCCUAAAUGUUAUUUUUCAAAUGGCGGGGAUUGGUAUAGGAGAAGUGAUUUUUCUUUUCUUUUCCUUUCAUAUAUUUUCAAUGGAAUUUUCAAGUGUUCUUGUUCUAGUUUCUUUAAUGUUAUAUUGCGCUAUGACCUUUUGUUGUGUGACACUUAUAAUAAUUAAUUAAAGUUAAUGAUUGUUAGUA